AUGAACCGGCAACGGGAGGCUGAAAAGGCCCUGCAUGACCAGACCAAUAUCCUUCCCUUUGGCCAGUUGAUGGUUGUCUUCACUGGCCUGGCAACGUCACUUGUGAUUACAUUCGUGGAGCAGAAUGGCAUCAGUGUCACCUUGCCAACGAUUGCACGCGACUUGGGAGCUCAGAAUACGAUUUCCUGGGCCGGGACUUCUUCGCUCAUAGCCAACACCAUGUUCACUGUGCUCUAUGGACGACUUUCAGACAUUUUUGGCCGCAAAGUGGUCUAUCUGUCUGCAUUGGUCUUACUUUGCGUCGCAGAUCUACUUUGUGGCUUAUCGCAGAACCCGGCCAUGUUCUACGUGUUUCGUGGCUUUGCUGGUAUCGCUGGUGGAGGAGUCACCUCGUUGACGAUGAUCAUCGUCUCUGAUGUAGUCACCCUGGAACAGAGAGGCAAAUAUCAAGGUAUUUUGGGGGCAUCUCUUGGCGUGGGGAACGUCGUUGGGCCUUUCAUUGCAGCGGCCUUUAUCAUGCGUUCCACCUGGCGUGGCUUCUUUUGGAUGGUAUCUCCUCUGGCUGCACUUUCGGCUGUCGUGGGCUACUUUCUCAUCCCCGACAAUGCGCACAAAGAGGGUCUACGCAAGAAUUUGGGUCGCAUCGACUGGUAUGGACUGUUGGCGUCGUCAAUUGGGAUCAUAUUCCUUUUGAUACCCAUCUCUGGCGGCGGGUCAUACUUCCCCUGGGACUCGCCUAUGGUAAUUAGCAUGCUGGUGAUUGGAGGCCUCUCUUUCAUCGCAUUUGGCUUUGUAGAAUGGAAAGUCGCCGCUUUACCUAUGCUUCCCAUUCAAUUCUUAAAAAAUAGAGUGAUUACCGUUCUCCUUUUUCAAAGCUUUCUUCUUGGGGCUGUUUACCAAUCCAGCCUGUACUAUUUGCCCCUCUAUUACCAAAAUGCGCGUGGCUGGUCCCCCAUCGUCUCUGCGGCGUUGACAGCGCCCAUGGUCGCCUGCCAGUCAACAGCGUCUAUCUGUUCUGGUCAAUAUAUUUCUCGUGUCAAAAGAUACGGUGAAGUCAUUUGGGCUGGCUUUGGCAUAUGGACCCUAGGCGCAGGUCUGAUGCUGCUUUUCGACCAAUCUACGCAUCCUGCUGUCAUAGCUGUCUCUGUCGGGAUCUCCGGUAUUGGCGUGGGAUUCACCUUUCAGCCCACCUUGGUCGCUCUGCAAGCCCACUGCACCAAGUCUCAGCGUGCAGUGUCCAUCUCGAAUCGGAACUUUUUCCGGUGCAUGGGAGGCGCCUGUGGUCUCGCCAUCUCGGCUGCCAUCUUACAAGCAGUCUUACGAAGAAGCCUCCCAGCCGAUUUCUCUUAUUUGGCACAUUCAACAUACUCUAUUCCAGCGCGAGACACGCUGACAGACUCUCAAUGGGCCUCAGUCCAGCUUGCAUAUGCCAAGGCUUCUCAUGCAGUCUUCAUUCUGCAGGUUCCGUUGAUUGGGGUGUGUUUCCUUGCUUGCAUCUUCAUUCGCGAUAGAGGUCUGGAACGACCCAAGGAGCCUGAAGAGAUCGACGCAGAAAAGAGAAAAGCUGAGCAACCCGCCAGAGAUGUCGAAGCUCACUCGUCCGAAGGAUCUGGGGGAGAUAUCAAGAACGAGGGCAAUGAUGACCCGAGAGGGCAUUCGACGGGGAGCAAGCCGCCGACCGCACCUACAUGCGACAAUGAAUACCCCAGCUGUUCCAAUUGCCAAAAGGCAGGAGUCACGUGCGACAAGCUGAGCGUGCGAGACGACGCAGACCGUCAAGAUGAAUACACCCGGGCUCUGGAACAGAGAAUCGCAUUGUUGGAGAAACAGCUGCAAGAGAAUUCGCAGUCACGACCCAGUCGCAACCAUGUCAGAACCGACGACACGCCCAUCAACGUCAUGCAGCCGGGGAGGCCUUCUCGCGACGGUCCAACAAACAACCAAGUCAACCCAGCAGCUGUUGCUGGCCUUGAAAAUAACCCAGUGGGUGAAAUUGUAGGUUUGCUGGCACUCAGCUCAUCCGAGGCGCCCGCCUAUGUCGGUUCAAGCUCUGGCCUCGCCCUGGCCGCAAACCUGGGCGAAAUGGUCCAAACCAGCGUGUGGAACCAAUUCAUCUCAAAUGUUCAAUCACAGCGGCAAACCCCUGGAGAAUUCAGCGGGAACGCCCAGGGCAAUUUGAGCUCGCGUCCAGGGCCACCCCAGUCCGGGGCUGGCCUGGGGGCCAGUUGCACUGAUCGCACGAACAUGGACCCCCCAAACGACGAGAUGGGGUUAAAACUUCUCGAGACAUAUUUCAGGCGGCUUCAUCUGAGAUACCCGUUUCUGGAUCGGAGCCAGAUAUGGAGCAGCCACGAAGAUCGAUGGCGACUCGCGAAGAUCAAGCGCGAAGAUCUCACUCAGUCUGAUCGAGCUGCCAUCUUUAAAUUGAACAUGGUUUACGCGAUCGGUGCAACAAUGCUUCAAUUGACUGAAAAAUACGCAUAUACCGCGCCCGAGAAAUUUUAUGCUGCUGCUCUUCAGCAUGCCCCCUCAAUGUGUGAGGCGCGUUCUAUCGAGAACAUUGAAGCAAUGGUUCUCCUUGUGAUUUAUCAUUUGCGCACCGCGUCGAGCCACGGGAUGUGGUAUAUGAUUGGCCUCGCAAUGCGAACAGCCAUCGAUCUAGGCCUGCACCGAAAAGCGAACGAGGCAAACAUGGACCUAUAUACCGCCCAAUUACGUCGGAGACUCUUCUGGGUCAUCUAUUAUCUCGAAAGAGUCGUGGCAAUGUCCCUGGGUCGCCCGUUCAGCAUUUCGGAUCGACACAUUGAUCUCGAUCUUCCAUUGGACGUAGACGACGAUAUACGCGACCCAGAACUCCUCGCAGCUCCCAUUGACCCUAAUAAAUCGAGCAGCCUGACCUUUGGCAUCUAUCUGGUCAAACUCCGCCGUAUCGACUCGCGUAUUCAACAUAAGAUUUACCGUGCCGAUCGACCUUUACCCUCGCUGCGGCCGAAAAUGGACCAUUUGUAUCGAGAGCUCGAACAGUGGAAAGAGUCAGCGGCUCAACGAUUCAGUGGCGCUGAUCUCGAAUACCCCAUGCUGCACUAUAACCGGGCUGUGCGCUUCCUGAUUCAGCCAUUUCUCCCUCUUCUUCCGAUCACAGACCCAUACUAUCAUAUUUGCAUCCGAGCCGCGGGCGAAAUCUGUCAAUCACACAAGCGUCUUCACCAAACGCUUGAAUAUGGCCAUUCUUUUCUCGCGGUACAGACGGUCUUCAUGGCUGGUAUCACUCUCCUCUAUGCGCUUUGGACACAUACGGACCAGGUGUGGUCUGUUCGCAUGAGCAACGACAUUCGAGCAUGUUCGACCGUCCUCUUCGUCAUGAGCGAGAGAGCUGCUUGGGUGAAAAGAUUCCGAGACGCAUUCGAAUUGUUGGUCAAUGCGGCCAUGGAGAAACUUCAAGGUGAUGAGACGGCACGAAAUGCAGGAAUGGCUGAGCUUAUGGCCGCUCAGCAAGGAACCUCGAAACCCGGCGUGGGAAACGCAUCCAGUUGGGGAAGCUAUCCGGUACGAAUGCCUCCUGCAGGACUCGAAUCGACAGUGUCCACAUCCAUGUAUUCUACAGAUCCGGUGGACGAAAAUGAGCAUGCGGUGAGAGUGGCCAUGCAAUUGGCGCCGUGGAUUGAUCAGCAUCAAAGUGACCCGUUGUGGAUGCCCGACUUUGAAACUCUCGAGUCGUUGUCCGGAGGGUAUUGGACAGGGGCAGACUUGAACUUUUUUGACACCUUAUGA